UUUAGAGUGUCCAUUUCUAAUUUUCUAUCCCUUGUUCUCUCAAAAUUAAUACUGCAGAUUUCAUUAUGGAUGCAAAAGAAAUCGCCAAAGACAUUAAUAUUGUUCCCACACCCCAAGAUGAAGAUCAUGAGGUGAACUGGGAGGAUGAAUUCCAAGAAUUGAUGCAAACCCUUCCUAAAGAAAAAAGCUGGUACGGACGUGAUAUUUGUUUUUAUCAAGGAUUUUGGUGCCCAUCUCCUGUAUUUAAAGCUGUGAUUUCUUUCCAGAAACAUUUCCAAGCACUUGAUACUGAUAUUAUUGUCAUAAGUUUUCCGAAAUGUGGCACUACUUGGCUGAAGGCCUUGACUUUCUCAGUUGUGAACCGCAAUCAAUUCGCCAGGGAAGAAAAUCCCUUGUUCAGGUCAGGCCCUCACCAACUUAUUCGAUUCUUUGAGUAUGAUCUUUACUUGAAGAACCCUUCUCCGGAUCUGGAAAAUAGCUCUCUUUAUCCACCAAGACUUUUCUCCACCCACGUGCCUUAUCCUUCUUUGCCAUCCUCCAUCAAAGAUUCCAACUCUAAGAUCGUCUACAUAUGUAGGAAUCCGAUGGAUAUGUUCAUCUCUCUCUGGUUUUUCACUGAAAAGCUUCGAGCUGAAAAUUCAGAGCCUUUUUCACUAGAUGAAGCCUUCGAGUUGUUCUGCCGUGGAACAUAUGGUUGGGGACCAUUUUUUGAUCAUGUAUCAGGGUAUUGGAAGGCAAGCCAAGAGAAUCCCAACAAAAUAUUGUUUUUAAAGUAUGAAAAUCUGAAAGAAGACAUCAUUUCCCAGCUAAAAAAGUUGGCCAUGUUCUUGGGGUUUCCUUUCACAGAGGAGGAAGAGAAACAUGGAGUGGUUGAAGAAAUUGCAAAAACUUGUAGCUUUGCGAACUUGAAAGAAUUGGCUGUGAACAAGAAUGAUGUAAACACUUUCGGGUUUCCACACAACACCUUGUUCAGGAAAGCAGAAGUGGGAGAUUGGAGCAAUUAUCUCACACCUGCAAUGGUAGAUCGUUUGGAGAAGCUUAUCCAAGAGAAUUUCGACAAGUCAGGUUUAACAUUUAAAUUAUCUUCCCAAUCUCCAAAGGAUGCUUUUGCAUGAUGGGCGUCUUUCAGCUUAGUUAAUGUUGAUCUUUUUUAUUAAGCGGCCAGAAAUUUCUGGGUUUUACUUUGUAUAUCUUUUCCGAAUUGAUCUAUGUUCGAUGCUUGAUAUCUGCAAGCCAUUUACUCUCUUUGUGAGUAAAAAAACAAAAAAAAACUCUUUUAUUUUCACGUAUUUACGUUUUUGUUGUCUCUGUUGUAG